CACGGCGACGUAGCUGUUUACAGUAACAUUUUUACGUCAACACGUGUGCGGGCUUGUGCAGUCAGCUCAGUUCAGUACGUGAAUCGUUGCAUGCCCGCAGUUUGAAGGAACAAAACAAAACACGGUGGGGAUUGACUUUUUCCGCAUGCACUGAUGUUUUAAAACUAGGAGCCGCCGAGCGACGACGAGUCUCAUCUACGCCCACCAUGAAGAAGAAGUAGUAGGAGGACUUUAUUUUUCUUCAGUUUGACCAACUAAAUCUGCGGAAAUUGUACAAGAAGUUGACCGAAUAUAAAGCCAAAGCUGCUCGUUGUAUCACAGAUGCAACACAUAGGGGAAUAUCCAUUGUAAGGAAACAUGAUUUUGAGGAAAAUUCAACCAGGAACUUGCAGAGCAUGGCUGUCUCGGGUUUCCUUGAGGCCGGAGCUGUGUUUCUACUCCUCCGUGCCCCCACAGCCAGUGCCGCCUCUGGUCCAGACCCUGCAGGGCUACCUGCGCACCCUGGAGCCGCUGCUGCCCCCGGAGGAGCUCAGCCACACCCGCAGGAUGGUGCAGGAGUUCGGCAGUCCGGGUGGCCUCGGUGCACGUCUGCAGGAGGGGCUGGAGAAGAGAGCCAGGCACACCAAGAACUGGAUCUCACCCUGGUGGGUGCAGUGGGCGUACCUGGAGAGCAGACAGCCGCUGCCUGUGCACUCAAACCCGGCCAUCUCUCUGCCCAGGAGAGAUUAUAAUGGCUGGAGGAGCCAGCUAGUGUUUGCAUCCAAACUGAUAGCAGCAGUUCUGGACUUCAAGGCUAAAAUCAACACCGGCCAGCUGCCGGUCGAGUACAUGCGAGGGAAGCCUCUGUGCAUGGAGCUCUACCCGCUCCUCUUCUCCUCCUGCCGGAUCCCCGGCCCCAAACACGACCACAUCGCCCACCACGGCCGCUCGCGGCGCUUUCCAACACACAUCACGGUCGUCAGGAACUACCAGUUCUUCCAGCUGGAGGUUUACAACAGCGACGGCUCCCGUAUGACGGAGAGUCAGAUCCACAGCCAGCUGCUGAGGAUCAGGUCUCAGUCCUGGAAGACGGACAAAGAGCCGAUGGGCAUCCUGACCAGCGAGCACCGUCACACCUGGGGUCAGGCCUACAACCGGCUGCUGAGAGAUAAACUAAACAAGGAGUCAGUGCGGCUGAUAGAGACGGGACUUUUCUCCUUGUGUCUGGAUUCUCCGGUUAUGAGGAUAUCGGAUGAAAAGUAUGCCAGCCGUAAAGCAGCCCAGGUUCUGCAUGGAGGCGGGACGUUCUCCAACAGCGGCAACCGCUGGUUUGAUAAAACGCUGCAGUUUGUGGUGGGCGAGGACGGCUCGUGGGGUCUUCUGUAUGAAGCAGCCACAGCUGAGGGUCCACCCAUAGCAACACUGCUGCAUCAUAUCCUGGAGUACUGUGAGAAACCAGACCCAAAGAGAGCGCCGCUGGUCCCUUUACCGAUGCCCAAGAAGCUUUACUUUCACAUAGACCGGGAGAUUAAGAGGGACAUAGAGCACGCCAAGCAGAACCUCGACAUACUGAUCAACGACCUCGACGUAAACGUGUUCAACUUCAAGAGGUUUGGUAAGGAGCUUCCCAAGCAGCACAACCUCAGUCCAAACUCCUUCAUCCAGGUCGCCCUGCAGCUCGCCUACUACAGAGUUCACAAUGAGGUCUGCCCUGCCUGUGAUAUCGCCUCCCAGAGGAUGUUUCGAGGAGGGAGGACAGAAUAUAUCCGCUCGCCCGCAAAUGAGACGCUCAAGUUCAUACUUGCCUUUGACGAUCCGUCCGUAACACCAGAGGCAAAGUUACAACUGCUCAGAGAAGCUGUUGAUGCCUAUACAGCUAUGACUCUUCAGGUACUUCAAGGACACGGCAUUGACCUCCACCUGCUGGGGCUCAAGCUGCAGGCCAUCGAGGAAGGACGGAGCAUCCCCAAAGUCUUCAUGGAUACAGCUUACGGCCUCGCAACACACUGGAAACUCCGAACGGGGCAGGUGCCAGCGAACACAGACAGCGUUAUGUGUUUCGGGCCCCUCGUUCCUGACGGUUACGCCAUUUGCUACAACCCCCAGGCAGACCACGUCCACUUCUCCAUCACCGCCUUCAACUGCUGCGAGGAGACAAAUGCAGAAACGCUUGCGCUCACCCUGAAGGACACUUUGUGUCAGCUACAGGAGCUACUGCAGCCUACUGUGUAGAGCUGCUCCUGUUGUACGUCCAACCGAAUAAACCCAUUCCUCUACA